CAGACCGCUGGGACUUGGCUUCCUGCACCGACUUCCCCGCCUUCCUGCCCGCUUCCUCUCCAUGUUCUCUUCGCCUAUCUGGAAAUAUGAUUAGCGCCCCUGACGUGGUGGCCUUCACCAAAGAGAACGACUAUGAAGAGGAGCCUUACCAUGAGCCGGCCCUGCCCGAGGAGUACUCGGUGCCCCUCUUUCCCUUCGCCAGCCAGGGAGCCAACCCCUGGUCCAAACUGUCCGGGGCCAAGUUCUCUCGGGAUUUCAUCCUCAUUUCCGAGUUCUCGGAGCAGGUGGGACCCCAACCCUUGCUAACCAUACCCAAUGACACCAAAGUUUUCGGUACCUUUGAUCUAAAUUACUUCUCCUUAAGAAUCAUGUCUGUCGAUUACCAGGCCUCUUUUGUAGGCCAUCCCCCUGGUUCCGCUUAUCCUAAGCUGAACUUUGUGGAGGACUCCAAAGUCGUGCUGGGAGACUCCAAAGAAGGAGCCUUUGCUUAUGUGCACCACCUGACCUUGUAUGACCUGGAGGCCCGUGGCUUCGUGAGGCCCUUUUGCAUGGCUUAUAUCUCAGCAGACCAGCACAAAAUCAUGCAGCAGUUCCAGGAACUUUCAGCUGAAUUUUCCAAAGCUUCUGAGUGCUUGAAGACAGGUAACAGGAAGGCAUUUGCUGGGGAACUUGAAAAAAAGCUGAAAGACUUGGAUUAUACCAGAACUGUGCUGCAUACUGAAACAGAGAUCCAAAAGAAAGCCAAUGACAAAGGUUUUUACUCAUCUCAGGCAAUUGAGAAAGCCAAUGAACUGGCUAGUGUAGAGAAAUCCAUAAUAGAACAUCAUGACCUGCUGAAGCAGAUCCGUUCAUAUCCUUAUCGGAAGCUGAAAGGGGCUGAUUUGUGUUCUGGGGAGAUGGAGUGCUCCCAGGAUCAAGCUUGCCAGGCAGCCACUACCUCUAAUCCCGAUGAGUUUGCUGACGCUGAUCUUUACUCCUGCCGACCAACCUAUACCCCCAAGCUCAUCAAAGCCAAGUCCACCAAGUGUUUUGACAAGAAGUUGAAGACCUUGGAAGAGCUCUGUGACACCGAAUACUUUACCCAGACAUUGGCUCAGCUCAGUCACAUAGAACACAUGUUCAGAGGAGACCUGUGCUAUCUACUAACCAGCCAGAUUGACAGGGCACUGCUAAAACAACAGCACAUUACAAACUUUCUCUUCGAGGAUUUUGUGGAUGUCGAUGACAAGGUGGUAGAGAAACAAGAGAGUGCAGCCCCUAAGCCUGUUCAAGACAGGCCGCCUUCCAGGUCUUUAGGAGAAUAUCCAAUUCCUCAAGUGUUAAUUAGCGUUGGCUCUUACAAGUCCAGUGUGGAGUCUGUGUUGAUCAAGAUGGAGCAGGAACUUGGAGAUGAGGAGUACAAAGAAACAGAAGUGGCAGAAUUGAGCAGUUUUGACCCCCAAGAGAACUUGGACUACCUGGAUAUGGAGAUGAAAGGGAGUAUCAGUAGUGGUGAAAGCAUUGAGGUUCUGGGCACAGAAAAAUCCACCUCUCUGCUUUCCAAGUCUGACAGCCAGGCCAGCCUCACGGUGCCAUUGAGCCCUCAAGUAAUCCGCAGCAAAGCUGUCAGCAAUAGAACCAUCAGUGAGGACAGUAUUGAAGUCCUCAGCACCUGCCCCUCUGAGGCACUCAUCCCUGAGGACCUUAAGGCCAGCUACCCAAGUGCCAUUAAUGAAGAAGAAGCCUACACAGAUGAUAGUGAGGGAGCCAUCCUCUUCCAGGCAAACAUCAGUCCUCCUGAGUUGGACAGGCCAGAGGAGGGCAACGUGGAAAAUCUGCUAUCAGAGACUGACUCUUCCUGCUGCAUCAGGAAGGAGAAUGACAGUCUGAUGGGGUCACUUCCCACUGUGGCCCACACACUCUUAGAUGAGGAUGGAGUAGUGAGCAUCGCCCCACAGCGGUACCAGCAAAAGGACCAGGACUUUCAUGUGAACUUUGCUACAGACAAUGCCAGCCCUUCUCAAGACCACAGUUCUGAGGGUUUCACUGCUUGUGAAUUGGACCCGAGCCACCUGCUGGCUAGCAGGGAUGUCAGUAAGACCAGUCUGGAUAACUACUCAGACACCACCAGCUAUGUAGGCAGUGUAGCCUCCACUGGCUCAGACAGGACUCCCACUGUUCAUCCCACUGGGUCCUCUUCUGAGAGGCAUAAAAAGAGAGCUGGCCAGAAUGCCUUAAAAUUCAUCCGCCAGUAUCCUUUUGCCCACCCAGCCAUCUACUCCCUGCUCAGUGGGCGGACACUUGUGGUCCUGGGGGAAGAUGAGAUCAUAGUCAGGAAGCUUGUGACGGCGCUGUCCAUCUUUGUUCCCAACUACAGCCGCAGUGCCAAACCUGUGAAGCACUGGCUGUCCUCCCCUUUACACAUUACGGAUUUCCAGAAGUGGAAGCUUAUUGGCCUGCAGAGAAUGGCAUCCCCUGCCAGUGCCAGCACACUGCACACACUGAGCCGCUACAGCCGCUAUACAAGCAUUCUGGACCUGGACAACAAAACCCUGCGCUGCCCACUCUACAGAGGCAACUUUGUGCCACGGCUAGCAGACCAUCGCACUCAGAUCAAGCGAGGCAGCACUUACUAUUUGCAUGUCCAGAGCAUGCUUACUCAGCUCUGCUCCAAGGCUUUCCUCUACACCUUUUGCCACCACCUGCACCUGCCUGCACACGAUAAGGAGACUGAGGACCUGGUUGCUGGGCGCCAAGUGAACUUCUUGAAGCUGAACCUGGGUCUGGUGAAUGAAGAUAUCAAAGUGGUCCAAUACCUAGCUGAGUUGCUGAAGCUAUACUAUAUGCAGGAGGCUCCUGGAAUCAGCCACCCUACGCUCAGGUUUGACUAUGUUCCCAGCUUUUUGUACAAAAUCUGAGGCAACUCCCAGCCUUUUGACCAAGAUCUGUGACUCAGGGUAUGAGGAGGGGAGGGGUUGGUGUUCCCAAGUAGUGCUCUGAAUUGCAUAGACUUCUGAUAUCAUGGAAAAGAAACCAAGGAGACUCCAGGACUUCAGGGGUCAAGAACCUGGUGCUUUCUGUAGGGGUCUCGAAUAACCAGAAGAGCAUUCUUGGCUCCCUGGUAAGGAUUGGCCAGAGGAAAGGAGGGAGCUCUUGAUUUCCAGAAGUGUAGAGGCCAUAAUAAAAGAAAGCCUCUCUAGGUGGGACAAGGGGCAAGAAGCAAAGCCUGGACUGAGAGAAUCACACUUGCCCUGCUCAGCUACACCGGAUACUUGAGUGGCAGAAUCCAGAGUGGCAGCCAGUCGACUAGAAUGAUUUCAUGAAAAAAAAAGAAGAGCACAUUGGUUUGUUCUGACCCCUUCUUGCCUCCUAGAGCCCAUUAUCCCCAGAGAGGCCCCUGAAAUAGUGAGAGAGGACACCAGUUCAGCCCCCAGUGGAUGGGGAAAAGGAAUUGGCUUCUGGGGCCCAUGCUGCAGAGAGCAGGCAGUGCCUAUCCCUGGGCUCUCUUCCUCCCCAGGUACUGAUUUGUUGAGUCUGCCUUGGGAGUGCUCUCAGGGUCCAGCGGGAAUGGCUGGAGCAUCCUGGUGCUUGCCUGUGAGAGGUGUCUGGGAAAUAUAGAGCCUCGGAAAUAAGGGCUGGUGCCUGGAGGCUGCCACCAUUAUACAGCAGAGGAGAUCUUCAAGUAUGCAUGGAAACAUUGGCCUAGGAAGGUUGUAGGCAUGCUGGAACUUGCAGUCAUCAUACCCCUGAUCUCCCCCACCCCCCAUAGCAAACUUGCAACCAUGUCACUACCUCGCACAGGGUCUGGUGGGUAGCCCAGCUUGUGAUCAUUCACAGUGGGAUUUUCUCCAGGAAGGAUGAAACCUUUGGUCAAUUGAAUCUGCCCCCUGGAGGCAGUGCAGGCCUAAAGUAUGUGCAUUUGCCACACUCCCACUACAUGAGAGGCCCCUCAUCAUAGCUUCACCCCAUGCCAGGCCCCUCUGAGGUACUAUGCUCCCUCCCAUCUGCUUUGAAUCUUUCCUUCCUAUUCACCACCUCCCUAGACACACCUUCCAUAACUGCCGCUGAUUUGGAGAGGGAGAGUUUCUUGUAACUGAGUAUUUUAUACUUUUUUUAAGCUAUUUUUCCCUUAAAUUGUAAGAACUUCUUUUUAAUUCAUUCCAAGAAAAUUAUGACUCAAGAAAAAAAAGACUCAAAUCAGCCACAAUUGUUCCCCAGCACACAUGUGAGUGUCUCUGGGUCCUGUGUUCUGUGUGUGGGUGGGUUCCUGCACAUAAUCCUGGUGGGCUUGUCAGCUUUGUCACAGAUUAGUGAGGUCACAGAUGAGCAGCAGUGGGCCCCAGUGGCACAUCACUGCUCUAGUCCUCUUUUUAUACCAGUCCCUGGCACAAGAGUGGGUGAUGUCAUCUUCUGAUUCAUGACUCGCAAUCCCUCAGAGGAAGUGUGGUUUACCGGGGCUGUCACCCAACUCCUUUAUGACAGAAACUGCUGCUCAAACAUCAUCAUUUUCCUUUGUACCUGUGCCCUAUACUCAGGCUUCCACAACACAAGUGACCAGGAACUCUUGGCAGUGUUUGAAUGUGAAGUGUGUGUUUACACAUGGGAAGGAUAAAUUGGAGAACUACUUCCCUGGGCUACCCUUUCUUACCCUCCUCCCUAUGUUUGAGAUGCUGCUUUGCUCUCUAAUCGGAUGGUCUCCAGGACAUGAUCUUGUGAUAUUUUUAUUUCCAAGGAAGGAAAGGCCUGUGGAGUAGAUUGACAAGGUGAAAAGUGACCAUAGGCAUCACUAGUGCUAUUU